AUUAUGGUCUCUAGGGUUUAGUUUCCAAACCCUAAAAAGGGAUGAUUCUAAAUCUGAAUUGAGUGUGGAGCUAGCAGCUUCUGUUUGAGCCUUCGAGACGGAAACGGGAAACCCUAAUCGAAGUCUACAAUGCCGAAGCAGAUUCAUGAGAUUAAGGACUUCCUUCUAACUGCAAGGAGGAAGGAUGCACGAUCGGUGAAGAUCAAGAGGAGCAGAGAUGUGGUGAAGUUCAAGGUUCGAUGCUCCAAGUACCUCUACACUCUCUGUGUCUUUGACUCCGAGAAAGCUGAUAAGUUGAAGCAAUCACUUCCUCCAGGUUUGAGCGUUCAGGAUCUGUGAUUCAGAGUAGAACAAGUUUUGUCUGCAAGAUUGUUGUUCUUUUUUGUUGCAUUUGAUUAUGAAUUAUAUAUUAUGUUCAUGACUGAUUCAACUUAAACCUUCGUCAAUUUAAUUGUUUGCAUUGCGACA